UCUUUCUCGACGCUUGGAAUCGUGCACAUAGCACGGAAUAGAACCAUGUCCACGUUUGGACAUAGCGUACGUAUCGACAAGUCGCUCGUGGACAUCGCUACGUAGUUGCCAAUGUGCACCACCCAUGGACAUGCGCUAACUUACGGGCCGGAAUAGCGAUCGUAAAAACUAUUAUGGGCCUGGCCACUCUCAAGCUUCUCUCUGCUAAAACUGUGAACAUUGGUAGUGAGUGCCGGUACCGGUUUCUUGUGAUCUCUACGCGUCUUNACCACAAAAUCGUAUUACUUAGUGUAAAGCAGAAAGAAAACGUUAAAAGUGUUGUGUUGCCUCAUCUUUUAUUUCUGUCUGGAUUUUCUUUGCAUAGAAUAAAGAAACAGUAAAAAGAUUACUCUCCUCUCGAUAGAGAUAAAAAGUGUAAAUGAAAAUCGGAAAAGAAAAGUUUAUUGUGCUGCCUCAUCUUUUAUUCCUGUCCAUUUGGAUUUUGUUACUUUGCGUACAAUAUAGAAACAGUAGAGAGAUUACUCUCUUCUUCACAGAUAUUAAAAGCGUAAACGUAGUAAUUGUAUAUUUGUAUGUAAAAGUUUGGUUUUUAAUAUGUAUAGUGCACAAAAUAGUAAUAUUGACAUUUCCAAACGUCAUGCUAGACGAAUUAUUGCAAGUAAAACUGCAAUAGAUAUUGCAGAAUCUUCCACACAAGCUUUCAUAAAGUUUUCAAAUGGUAAGAGUACCUCUGUUGAAAUAAAUAAUAAUUCAGGUCUUAAUACAACUUCUGAAGUAAAUAUUACGUAUUCAGUUUUAUCUAGUAAUAAUUAUGAACAUGUAAAUAAAACUACAGAAGAAUAUGAUGAUAAUAUAUCACAAAUUUUAAAUAUAGAUAAUAGAAAUGAUAAUAGAAAUGAUAAUAAUAAUAUAAAUAAUAAUAUAAAUAAUGAGAAUAAUAAUGAAGAAGCAUUUAGAAAUGCCAUAGCUGAAUGGAGUAUAAAAUAUAACAUUCGUCACAAUGCAUGUAACGCAUUAUUAAAGAUUUUACAAGAACAUACAUCAUGUAAUUUUUUUAAAGAUGCACGGACAGUGUUAAAGACUCCACGACAAACAGAAAUUUUAAAAAUAUGUGGAGGAGAAUAUUUUUAUUGGGGUUUUAGUAACAUAAUUAGAACCAUGUUAUUGAAAUGUAAUAAUGAACAUAUUCAUCUUUUACUCAAUAUUGACGGUGUUCUUUUAGCCAAAUCAUCAAACGCAUCUUUAUGGCUUAUUUUAUGUUCCAAUAUGACGCAUAAAGAUGUGUAUCUUGUUGGUGCAGUUUUUGGACAUAAGAAACCAANAGAUUCAAAUGUUUUUUUACAAGCUUUAGUAAAUGAUUUAAUUUAUUUUAUAAACAAAGGUUAUGUUCAUAAUAAUAAAGUAAUAAAAAUUAGUUUGGCUGGUUUAAUAUGUGAUGCACCGGCAAAAUCUUUUGUUUUAUGUACAAAAAACCAUAUCGGCUUUGACAGUUGCACAGAAUGCAUUAUCAAAGGAGAAUAUCUAAACGGAAGAAUUUGUUUUCCAAGUGGAAAAUUAUAUCCUACAAGAACAGACAAACUAUUUGCCAUGCAAGCUUACAAAGAUUUUUAAAUUGGUUACAGUAUUUUGAAUAAUAUUCCAGGAUUCUUACCUCUAACUCGAACUCCAUUAGACUAUAUGCAUUUAAUAUGUUUAGGCGUUGUGAAAAAAAUGAUUCUUCUUUGGAUUAAAGGACCGCUAUGUGUACGGUUAAACAGAAAAGCAUUAAAUAAAAUAUCACAUUUGUUACUUCUAAUUAAAAGUUCAACGCCAAAAGAAUUUAUUAGAAAGCCAAGAUCUAUUAGCGAUAUUAAACACUGGAAAGCAGUAGAAUUUAGAUAUUUUCUUUUAUAUACAGGACCUAUAGUAUUACGUCAUAUAUUAAAAAAUGAGUUAUAUAAUCAUUUUCUUAUACUCCAUGCAGCUAUGACAAUUAUUACGUGUCCAAAUUUAUGCCAAGGGUAUUUUUUAAAAUUUGCUGAAGCUUUAUUUCACAAUUUUGUCAUGUCUUUUGAAAUACUGUAUGGUACAGAAUACGUAUCACAUAAUGUUCAUAAUUCGUUUAUGUUCUGAUGUUAGAACAUUUAGUCCAGUAGAUAAUUUCAGUGCAUUCCGUUUUGAAAAUUUUAUAACAUGCAUAAAAAAACAAUUAAGAAAAAAUGAAAAGCCACUACAACAGUUAAUAAAAAGAUACAAAGAAGCUGAACAUAUAUCAUCAUUGUUACAAAAUAAUUCCAAUAAUACAAAAUUAUAUACAUGUCAUAAUUUGCAUAAUAAUGGACCGAUUUGUGAUUACAAUGUUAAAUCACAAUAUUUGCAGAUAUCUAACAAUAAAUUUUAUAUAAAUUGUAAAAGUUUUGCUAAUAAUUGCUGUAUUUUAAAAAAUGGCAUCUGUAUUCUGGUUUUGAAUAUAAUCGAAGAUAACAAUAAUAAUAUAUUUUUCAUUGGUAAGAAGCUUACAUAUGUAAAAGAUUUGUAUGAUAAACAUAGCGAAUCAAGCCAAUUCGGCAUUAAAGUAAUGAUUGUGAAAAGUGAUACACUAUAUAUUUCUGGCCAAUUACAAAGUUACUAUAUAAAGCAUGGAAGAUUGUAUAUGAAAGUGAACCAAAUACAUUUGCAAUAUUUUCCUUAAAGCAUGUACUUUGAUAUAUUGUAUAUUGUUAUUUUAAAACAUUUGUAAUAAAAUUCUUUUAUAUACAAUUACAAAUAUACAAUCUUUCUUGAAACGCUAGAAGAAUGAGUUGUGGAUAUAUUNUUUUGGAGUUCCACGACGGACUGCAAUUAGUACCAGCAAUAUGGUAUAACGCUGACAAGCAGUCAUGUUUUUGGCCCAGUCAUUAUAAAACAAAACUCCGCAUUAACACAGCAAUAAUAAGACAAGAAAUACCAAAAAAUGAAUUAGAUUGGGAAAAACUACCCGUAAAACGAAUGUUUGCUGUGGCAGAAACUUAUGAAAAGGGAGUU